AUGUCGACGCCUUUUGUUCCAUCGCGGGCGUGGUGGAAGGAAGCUACCAUUUACCAGAUAUUUCCCAUCUCCUUCUUCGACUCCAAUGGUGAUGGCAUUGGUGACCUGAACGGAAUCUAUGCAAAACUGGAUUAUCUGAAAGAUUUAGGCGUUGAUGUUCUAUGGUUAUCUCCCAUUUAUCGAUCCCCCUUGGCUGACAUGGGGUACGAUAUUUCUGAUUUUCGUGAUAUAGACCCGAGAUAUGGGACGCUAGCUGACUGGGAUAACCUAUUGAGCGGGGUUCACGAGCGAGGCAUGAAACUCAUGAUGGACUUGGUGGUCAACCAUACUUCCGAUGAGCAUCAGUGGUUCCUAGACUCUCGGUCCAGCAAGUCUGAUCCCAAACGGGAUUGGUACAUAUGGCGUCCCCCGAGAUACGACGACGACGGUAACAGGCAGCCUCCGAAUAAUUGGAGAUCAGUGUUUCAAGGCUCGGCAUGGGAGUACGACGAAAUUACGGAAGAAUAUUACUUGCAUUUGUUCGUCUCUAAGCAGCCGGAUCUGAACUGGGAGAAUGCGGAUGUUAGGGAUGCAGUUUGGGAUUUUAUGCAGUUUUGGACAGACCGUGGAUGCGAUGGAUUUCGAUUGGAUGUCAUCGAUCUCUUAUCCAAAGCGGAAGGACUCCCCGAUGCCCCAAUCACCUCUCCGGACGAGGUGUAUCAACCAGCCGUCAUUCACUAUGCGAAUGGCCCAAAGAUUCACGAAUAUAUUAAGGAAAUGGACAAGAAAGUUCUGUCCAAAUACGACUUAAUCACAGUUGGUGAAGCUUCCUUCACACAAAAAAUGUCCGAAUUCGAUGGCUAUGUCCUGCCUUCAAAUAACGAAUUGAACAUGGUGUUUCAUUUCCAGCUCAUGGAUGUGGAUUUUCCAAAGGAAGGAAAUUCUAGGUUACCACUGAAACACAAGGACUGGACUCUAGCCGAAUUCAGACAGGUAGUGGUGAAAUGGCAGAAUUACAAACGAGAGGAAGGUUUCUGGAACACGGUUUACAUAGAGAAUCAUGACCAUGCGCGCUCCGUGACCCGGUUCGGCGACGACUCAGAAGAAUGGCGCGCAAAAUCAGCAAAGAUGCUCGCCAUCCUCGAAAUUUCGCAGAGCGGAACCUUAUACAUAUAUCAGGGCCAGGAGCUUGGAUUGAAGAAUCUCCCAAGGACGUGGGGGAUCGAGGAAUACAAGGAUAUCGCCAGUCAGAUUUAUUAUAAGAAGAAGAAGUUAUUAAUCGACGAGGCCGUGGAUAUGUCUGACAUCCUUGACGGUUUCCAGCGGAAUGCGCGGGAUCACGCUCGAGUACCCAUGCAGUGGAACUCUAGCGCACACGCUGGGUUUACAAGCGGUGAACCGUGGAUGAGAGUUAACGAGGACUAUCAGACGUGGAACGUAGCGGCGCAGCUCAAGGACAACGAUAGCGUUCAUUCAUUUUGGAAGCACGCUUUGAACCUGCGAAAAGCGCAUGAGGUCUUGAUAUAUGGCGAUUUCAGCGACAUAUCAAACAGCCAUGAAGAAGUGUUCGCGUACAUUCGUACUCUUGAGAAUUCCUCAGCCCUGGUUCUCCUAAAUUUCAAGAAGACAGACGUUAUUUUUAGUCUCGAUUCAAAAAGCGAUUGGACUGGCUUCAGACAUGUUCUGGGAAACUAUGGAGGCGAUGAAGGAGACGAAAUUGGAGUUGCCUCAGGCUCAAAUGACAUUCGGCUGAGGGGAUUUGAGGGCAGGGUGUACAUACAAUAG